AUGGUUUUGGUCCGAUUUUUUUUUUCGUCACCGCUAAAGCUACCAAGAUUUCAAAAACUCAAGCCACCAUCAUCAUCCUCGUCAGAAGAAGCUUCAGACGAAUCAGACUCAGCUGAACCACCCAUGGUGCCAUCCGGUUACAACUUUGGAAGACGUACAUCUGUCUCUGCUGAAUCUUUAUCACCCUCGAACCUUGCCUCAGGACCUUCUUUACCAAAGGUAGUCAUUCCAAAGACUACCGAACAACGAUCAAGAAUCGAAUCCUCGAUCAAAGAAAACUUAUUAUUCAGAAAUCUGGAUGAAGAACAAUACAAUGAUGUGUUGAAUGCGAUGUCAGAAUUGAAAGUCAGUUUAGGUACAGAAGUGAUUGUACAAGGUGGAGUGGGUGAUUUCUUUUAUGUAGUCGAAGAAGGUACCUUUGAUGUUUAUGUCAGAGCACCUGCUAAAAAGGUUCAUUCCUAUGGACCUGGUGGAUCGUUUGGUGAAUUGGCCUUGAUGUAUAACGCACCUCGAGCAGCUACGGUGGUGGCUACUUCUCAAUCUGCCACCCUUUGGGCUCUCGAUCGAGUCACAUUUAGAUCGAUCUUGAUGGAACACACUUCGCGAAAACGAAAGAUGUAUGAAUCUUUCCUUUCGACAGUUCCGAUCCUUGCUUCACUUACUGCAGGUGAGCGAUCGAAGAUUGCGGAUUCUUUGGAAGAAAGAACGAUUAAUGAAGGAGUCGAAGUCGUUAAGGAAGGAGAGAUUGGUAGAGAGUUUUAUAUUAUUGAAUCGGGUCGAGUUGAAGUGACUAAAAAGAGAGAAGGUGAUGAAUCAGAAGUUGUCGGUUCAUUAGGAAAAGGAGAUCAUUUUGGUGAGCUCGCAUUAUUGAACUCGGCACCUAGAGCAGCAACCGUGACAGCCAUUGGAGGUAGAUUAAGAGUAGCAGCCUUAGGGGAAAAGGCGUUCACAAGAUUAUUAGGACCGGUGAUUGAAAUCUUAUCCCGACAUGCUGAAUCACAUUACGGACAAAGUUCGAUCAAAAGGAAAACCAUAUUGCUCCUAAUGUUACUGGUUCGAAUGUUUUUCAAGAUUAUAGAUUAGAUCAUCAUCCUCAUCGUCCGAAUACUUCUUCUAGUUCAAGUUCCAUGGCUCAUCAUGAGUAAAAAUAAUUUGGAUUAAACUUUUGAAUCACUCGAUCACUCGAUCCAUCAAUCCAUGAAAAAAAAUGUUUCUUUCUUUUUGCCAAGGUUUUCUUUUAUCUUCAACAUAAAUCAUUCCUUUUUUUCUUUUCUUUCUUUUUUUUGUUUGAAUGGGUAAGUGGUUGGAUGAACACUGGAGAAUGGAGGUUUACAGUGGGUUGAGGUUUGAGGUUAUUAGGUUUGGAAAAGAGAAGUGAAGGAAGAGGUGUAGAUAGGUUGAUGUGAUGGAACUAAAGAAGAAGAAAGGGUUUGGAGUUUUUGAUAUUGAUAUUGGUUACUUGGAUUUUCUUUUCUUUUGUUUUUUUUCAAGUUUCUUAUUUUUCUAAUGAUUAAAGUUUGAUCAAGAAGAGGUUUAAAAUAUAUACUUACGUUAUAUAAGAAAAAAAUCAACCAUCAAAGAAAAAAAGUUGAAAGAAACUGAUGCAAAAAAAAGUUUUUGAGAAAGAAAUGAAAAAAUUUAAAGGGUGUUUGAAGUUUUAGUAGAAGUUGGAUUUUUUUUAGAGGGUGGUGUGGGGUUUUUUUUUAAGAAAAUAAUUCAUUUCAAUUCAUUUUAUUUGUAGCGUCUUUCCUUUUUAUGGGCUCUUAUGGGUGUGGUUUUUGUUUUUGUGUGUGUGACAUGUGUGUGUGUGAAUGAUGGAUUGGAUUUUUAAGAAACAAGUUGGUAGGUACUUUGAGGU